CAGCGUGAGUGCGUGACGCUCGCCCGUGGUCUCUGUUCGCACGUGGCGCCUGCGGAGGCGCUUGUGGCUGUGAGCGCUGGUGCAACAGCGGGCGCAGCCCUUCCGACUUACAGUAUGAAGCGGCCGAAGUUAAAGAAAGCAAGUAAACGCAUGACCUGCCAUAAGCGGUAUAAAAUCCAAAAAAAGGUUCGAGAACACCAUAGAAAAUUGAGGAAAGAGGCUAAAAAACGGGGUCGAAAGAAGCCUAGGAAAGACCCGGGAGUUCCAAACAGUGCUCCUUUUAAGGAGGCUCUUCUUCGGGAAGCUGAGCUAAGGAAACAGCGGCUUGAAGAACUGAAACAGCAGCAGAAACUUGACAGGCAGAAGGAACAGGACAAGAAAAGAAGACUUGGAACUGACCCUGCUGUUGAGCUAUGUAACAUGGAACCUGUGAAAGAGGAAUUUGGGCAAUGCAAAGCUAAGAAAGCCAAGUCAAGCAAACAGAAUCCGAAGAGGCUGUAUUGUCAGGAACUUAAAAAGGUGAUUGAAGCCUCAGAUGUUGUGCUGGAGGUGUUGGAUGCCAGAGAUCCUCUUGGUUGCCGGUGUCCCCAGGUAGAAGCAGCCAUUGUCAAGGGUGGACAGAAAAAGCUGGUACUUGUAUUAAAUAAAUCAGAUUUGGUACCAAAGGAGAAUUUGGAGAACUGGCUAAGUUAUUUGACAAAGGAAUUGCCAACAGUGGUGUUCAAAGCCUCAACAAAUCUGAAGGACAAAGGGAAGAGAAUCAAGGUAAAGAAGAAAUCUGCUCCAUUCAAAAGUGAAGUCUGUGUUGGAAAAGAAGGCCUUUGGAAGCUUCUUGAAGGUUUUCAGGAGACUUAUGGCAAAGCCAUUCACGUUGGGGUAAUUGGUUUCCCAAAUGUGGGGAAAAGCAGCAUCAUCAAUAGCUUAAAACAAGAACGGAUAUGCAAUGUUGGUGUAUCCAUGGGACUUACAAGGUACAUGCAGGUUGUCCCCUUGGACAAACAAAUCACAAUCAUAGAUAGUCCAAGUUUCAUUGUGUCUCCACUUAACUCUGCUAUUGCACUCGCUCUGAGAAGUCCAGCAAGUAUUGAGGUAGUAAAACCAAUGGAGGCUGCUAGCGCCAUUCUGUCCCAUGCUGAUGCUCGACAGGUAGUACUGAAAUUUACUGUCCCAGACUUUAAGAAUUCUCUGGAAUUUUUUACUUCACUUGCUCAGAGAAGAGGACUGCACCAAAAAGGUGGAAGCCCAAAUGUAGAAGGUGCUGCCAAACUGCUGUGGUCUGAGUGGACAGGUGCCUCCUUAGGUUACUUUUGCCAUCCCCCUACAUCCUGGACUCCUCCACAUUUUAAUGAGAGCAUUGUGACAGACAUGAAAUGGGGCUUUAAUCUGGAAGAACUGGAAAAGAACAAUGCACACAGCAUACAAGCCAUCAGGGGCCCUCGUUUAGCCAGUAGCAUCCUUUUCCAGUCAUCGGGUCUGACAAAUGGAGUGAUAGAGGAAAAGGACAUACCUGAAGAAUUGCCGAAACAGAAAGAAUGGAAGCAGGAGGAGGGGGGGGACUAUGAAGAUGUCAACACUGACCAGGAAUGUGUUGACGAAGAAGGUGAUGAAAAGAGGUCAGACAUGUCCCCUGAAGAAGAGGCCUGCGAGGCACUGCCUGAGGACUGUCAAUCAGAUAAGCAGUCUGCACCAUCUUUCAUCUUGGAUAAAAUGACUGAAGAGGAAGAUGAUGCUUAUGAUUUCAGUACAGAUUAUGUAUAAUAGAACUUUGUCCUUAUAUAAUGGUGUUUUGUUGUUGGUUUUUAACAUUGUGAGCAGACUGCUAAGCUGUUCUCUGCGUGUGAUGUACCAGUUUGUUACAGUAUGACAUAAGCUGUGUAAAUUUUGUGAAUGUGUAUAUAAUGAUAUAUUCAUUUUAAAAAAUCAGGCAACUUUAGAAAGUGUCUAAAUUCUAUAAAAAGAUAUCUCUUAAACAGUGAGUGGAUAGAAGUAAAGUUAAAACAUACCUUAUUGAAACAUGUACUUUUACUUUAUUUACAGAUUCGGCCACAGGUCACAAAAUUAAAACCAAGCAGCAGUGUUGAACUAGCUGUACCAGCCGUAUCUAAGUACAUUCACCUCUGGUCGUUCAGCACUGUCAGUAAGCAAACUCUUGGUAAGGCAGAUGGAGGCAUAUUUAUAGUCUGUCUGGGAAGCUGACUGCCAGAUGGGGCAGUUUGUCCUCUUUACCCAGCUGAAAUGUCCCUUGUCCCUUUGUUGCUGCAAACAGGCAUUGAAGCCUAGCAAGUGUUACUUCCCACACAUACUGUCUUCCAGGAUUUCCUGAGAAAUGCUUAUAGCAUAUUUAUUUACUUUAUAUUUGAGAUCUCCACAUGUCUUCGGAUUAGGCUGAAUUUGCCUGUUGGGUCCGGAAUAUACCAUUUUUCCCAGACAUCAGUAUAUGAAGCAGUUCUUCCCCAUGGCUUAAAGUGCCCAUUCCAGUGGAGUAGCUUGGCAGCCUUAACAAACUGGGGUGAAUAUCGUUUUCCAGCACUGGAACCUUACAUUUAGGAAAAAAGAGCCAAAUGACUGUACUAAUCAGACACAAGACUGCAGGAAACUUAAGGGAAACAAUAUAUUCCAUCCCUGAGGGUGGUCCUUUAGACACUUUAUUAGCUUAGGCCCUUGGUUAAUUAUCUACUUACCAAGGUGGCGAACAUUCCACAUAGGGUCGAUGGUGGAGUGCUGUUGAUAAAAUACGAUCAGCAGAGGUGGUGUUGUGAUGCUGCCAGCCAGUGUUCUACUGUACAGCCCUUCUCUUGGUGGGACAGAUAACAAAUGAAAGCUGUUAGUAAAGAAUCCUAAUUCCUGUUAGUGAAGACCACCAGGGUUGAAAUAACAAGAGUUUUCACAGCUAGGCCAGUUACAUACUUACUCUACAUUGAGUUUCAUCCAUUUUUCCAGCUGGCUAGUUAUAUUCUGUCUUUUCCAUUCUGUCAAGUUUGCAACAAAAACUCCAGGGUUAAAUGAGCAGGUGCUGGCUUUCAUGGAAAGCUUACGAAUUCUUUCCUUUUUAUAGUCAAGAUAUCCAAUGUAAUUGUACUAAAAACACAAUUGGGAUAUAUAGUAUGUUUAAUGCUUCAAACAGUAAUUUGAUAACUGUUCUGCUUACUUAUGACUUCUCAGAUUAUUAACAAAGGGCUCUACAUAAAGCAAAUAAAAGUGACACUUGGGAUUGCAAGUUAGACAACAGGAACCUAAACAUUAAGCCAGAUGUUCAAGGAGAAUUAGGGUGUCUAAUCCGUGAACCAAUCUAGGAAAGCAGCCUUGAGUUUUGGGAUGAAAUAAUUGGUGAAUAAAAUGUAGCUAAAGAUUUAGAAUUCCCUGAUUUUGCUGCCUCUCCCCAUUGACAUGAAUUAUAGGGAGUGGAGUGUCUAUUUACAAGGUCUAAUAAGUAAUUUACCUGGUUCCCUGCUCCACGGAUGACAACUUUAGUAGAGGAUGAAUCACAAUCUUCUGAAAAUGCAGCUGCAUGUCCUGGCUUCAGUGGUGUAUUGUACAGGGCAAGAAUAUCACCUGAAACAGAUAAGGUUUAAGAUUUACACUGGAAGUUGCCCCAAGAUUCCCUAUUCCUCCCACUUAGGAUGGCCUUUUAUAGGAUAUCAUAAAUAAGACAACCACUAUCGCCCACGCUGGACAGAGAGCAGCACUGAUGGUGACAUUCUUUAGUACCUUGCACAAUUACAUCAUCGUCCAUAUAUAUGGCCUUCUUUGCGCUGGGGACCAGAAUUGGCAAGUAGAACCUUGCAAAGGUUAACUGGAAAAGGAAAGAGGCAUUGGCACAAGAUUUGUCAGUGGCUGUGCUUUUGUUUAUUAGAAACUCCCAGAAUGCUCUCAGUAUCCAUGCAGGAGAAGACAGCCAAAGGUCUCUGAACUUCCAGGUUUGGUCCCCAGGGAAGUACUAGUACUGUACCCACAGUUACCCAGGUAUUCCAAUCAUUUCAUAAUACUACCAAGUACAAACAAGGAUGCAUGGAACUCACUGGUUUCAUGGAAUCCCCCUGGUCAGGAUCCUCCUUUACUUUCCCUUCCAAAAGUUUAGUGUCAAAAUUCACAAUUUUGUACCUAAUGCUUUUCAGGGUACUGCUGCUGAGCCAGGACCUGAUGAAAAUAAACCACUAAAUAUCAGUUUUAAGUAAUCAUGUCCCAAACCACAGCCAUAUCUCUGCUUUCCAAUAAGACCAUAAUGCAAGAGAAAUCCUGAGGACAAAAUAGGUGUCUUCAAGCCCCUUCACCUCUGAGCAUUGGUUUCCUCAUCUGCAGUGAAUUUACCCACUAAAGACCCUUCCUGAACCAAGAUUCCAUGGUGAUAGUGCACCCAAAGGCUCAUACUUUUGAUCACUCUUCUGACACUAAAACUGCUGUAAAAAAAAUUCAUUAUGGAAUUGAGAAGAUCCUUUCACCACAUGGAUCAUUUAACAUUUGUCCCUCCAAAUACAUCAGUGAAGAAAAUGAGUCAAAAUAUGAUGGUAGUGAAAGCUAAGUUAUCAACAAAGCUGGUAAAUCAGUCUGUUAAUCUACACUCAUUAAUUCACUGUGUUGGCUGAGUGAUUUCUACCUGAGUCUAAGGUACUGCCUGUAAGAAACGUCAGUAUUCCCUAAAGAGGUGUUGCACAUUUUUCCUAGGCCCAUUUCACAUCAGCGUUUUGUGGAUAUAAUGUUAUUUCUAUAGUCUAUUUUAAUGCAAUAUUUCUUUCUACAUUAUUUUAGAUGAUUUCUUGAGUUUUUAAAAUACGGAAAAAUAAUUCUUAACAACUUUGAUGAACAACCAUGGAGAAAGGCACAAGGACAGAUAUGUUUUAGAACUUUGACCACUAUUAACCUGUUAGAUAAAAUGUUUCUUGGAAUAAACUUUGUAAAUCUUAAUUCAAAGCAUCUUUCAAAACAGUUAAGACUAUCCAUCAGAUUGAGUUUCUAUUAAUCACAGGUUACAAUAGUAAGGAUCAUUUGCUGAGCGAUUAUUAUGUCAUAGGUGUUUUCAUAUAUUUUUUCAUUUACUUGACACAACAAUCCUCUAAUCUGGGUAUUUAUACCCCGUACUUACAGAUGAGUAAAUGGGUUCCAAAGAGUUAGGUAAUGUUCCCCACUAUGGGCUAAAAUUUGGAUCAGUGUCUAUGCUCACUUCACCAUACUACCUUGCCAUUGCUCCCAUGUCCCUUCCCACUCUAGACCAGAACUACUCAAGAGCAUGUUCUUGAAAUAAGGAACUCGUAAGAGAAUGUAAAUCAACACCUUACUUCCUUCAUUGAGAAAGUCUUAUUACCAAAAAAAAAAUCCACUUAACUAUGCAUAGUAACGCAGUUGAUUUACAUCUUGGCACAGUUUUCUUACAUGUUUUUGCUAUCAUGGAGACAUGUUUAUGGUACAAUCACAUGGAAGAACAAUGUGCAGUUUACAUGUGGUAUAAUUGUAUAGGAAAAAUGUAAACAUUGAAAAACAUAUUACUGGAUUGGCAGCUGGCCUGCUCUUAGAGCAUCCCCUAGAAGCAGAAUCAUCAGGGAAGCGGAGCUCACCGGAGAUGGUCUCCUGUACCGUUGAGUGUAACAAUGUAGAAAAUCACAUUGGAGCGAGUGUUGUGCUGAAUACUGUUUAUGGCUGCAAUGGCCCCCCCAAGCCUAUCUUCAGAUGCAGCAAUGACCACAGGAAUCUCCUCUUGUCUCCCAUCUACCGCAUGUUGGGGAGCAUUUGGGACAAAGUCUACAGGCUGAAGCCCCACAAUUCCUGAAUCUGCAAAGAACACAAAGAAGGUACUGUGAUACAAACACAAUCUCAAGAGCUUUUGAUACAGAGCCCAAGGCAUGAAAAGAGGUAAGCUGAGAAUUAUGAUACACCUCAUUCUGCCUCAUUGUAAUGUGAAGCAUAUAGCCCAGAAAUUGUGUUUUCCUGUAUGUAACCAGGCCUUUGGAAAAGCAUUUUUAAAAAAACAGGCAGACAAUUCUGAUACAUUACUGGUAGGAAUAUAACAAUCUUUUUAGACCUUAUUUGGGCAAUUUGUAUCAAGAGCCUUAAACAGGUACAUGGCCUUUGACCCAAUAAUUCCCCUUGUGUCUCUUAAGGACAUCUGAGAGGUAACCAAAAGUCACAAUUUUAUUUACAAUUGUGAAAAACCUAGAAACAGACUAAAAAACAGUUGUUUUUCAAACUGUGAAUUGUAUCCCACAAGUAGGCAUGAAAUCAGUAUAAGUGGAUCGCAAUCAGAACAUGAGUAGGAAAACAGUUCCUGAAUUGGAAUAGAACAGUGACUUAGAAAAUAUCAGAAUGCAUCACAUACAGGAAAUGCAAGUAUUGUUUUGUAAACCUUGCUUUUUAUAAUGUUUGUUCAUUUACUCAUUCAUCAUGCAUUGAACACUGAAUGCCUACUAUGUGCCAAGCAAUAUCUAGGCACCAGGGUUACAGCCAUGAAUAAGAUGGUCAAGUCUUUACCAUUGUGUAGGGCAGAUAGACAAUAAAUACAUGUAUGUGUCUGCUGUAUGUAACACAUUCAUUAUUGUGGGGUUGCCAUCAAAAAAAUCUGAAAGUCAUUGUACCAAAAGACUUUUUCCUAUGGCAAAAAGUAAACUAUGUGACAUUAAAUUUACAUAUGAAGAGUU